AUGGCUUACCCAUCAUGGAGCAAAAGUGAAUGUAAUCGAUGCCAACCUACAGACAUCGGUUCACUUAUGGUCAAAGAACGGCCAUCUUUAUGGGUAGAUCUGUUAGUGAACGAAGGAGCAGAUAUUGAAAUUGGUGAUAAAGAUGGGUUUACAGCUCUUCACAUAGCAUCAUUCAAGGGUCAUGUCGAUAUUGUCAAAGAUCUCGUUAGUAAAGGAGAAGACCUAGGGAGACUUGCUAAUGAUUACUGGACACCUCUACAUCUUGCUUUAGACGGUGGCCACCUUGAUAUAGCAGAGUAUCUUUUGAAAGUAGGAGCGAACAUUAACACGUGUGGUAAAGGUGGAUGCCAUCUUGAAGUAGUCGAGCAUAUCGUGAACAAAGGAGCAGGCAUUGAAAUUGGUCAUAAAGAUGGCUUUACAGCUAUUCACAUGGCAUCAUUCAAGGGUCAUCUUGAUGUUGUCAAAUACCUUGUAAGCAAAGGGGCACAGAUUGACAAAUUGGACGAAACCGACAGGACACCAUUGUUUCGUGCUUCUCAAGAAGGCCAUCUUGAAGUCGUCGAAUAUUUCGUGGACAAAGGAGCAGGCAUUGGAAUUGCUGAUAAAUACGGAUUCACAGCUCUUCACGUAGCAUCAUUCAAGGGUCAUCUUGACAUUGUCAAAUACCUUGUUAAAAGAGGGGCAGACCUAGGGAGACUUGCUAAUGAUUACGGGACGCCUCUACACCUUGCUUUAGACGAAAGUCAUAUCCACAUUGUAGAGUACCUUUUGACAGAAGGAGCCAAUAUUAACGCGUGUGGCCAUCUUGAAGUAGUCGAGCAUAUCGUGAACAAAGGAGCAGGCAUUGAAAUUGGUCAUAAAGAUGGCUUUACAGCUAUUCACAUGGCAUCAUUCAAGGGUCAUCUUGAUGUUGUCAAAUACCUUGUAAGCAAAGGGGCACAGAUUGACAAAUUGGACGAAACCGACAGGACACCAUUGUUUCGUGCUUCUCAAGAAGGCCAUCUUGAAGUCGUCGAAUAUUUCGUGGACAAAGGAGCAGGCAUUGGAAUUGCUGAUAAAUACGGAUUCACAGCUCUUCACGUAGCAUCAUUCAAGGGUCAUCUUGACAUUGUCAAAUACCUUGUUAAAAGAGGGGCAGACCUAGGGAGACUUGCUAAUGAUUACGGGACGCCUCUACACCUUGCUUUAGACGAAAGUCAUAUCCACAUUGUAGAGUACCUUUUGACAGAAGGAGCCAAUAUUAACGCGUGUGGUAAAGGGGGAUGUACAGCACUACAUGCUGCAUCACAAAGUGGUAAUAUUGAUGGAGUUAAAUAUCUAACCCGUCAAGGAGCAGAGCUGGAUAGGAGCACAGACGAUGGUUGGACCGCACUUAGUUUGGCUUCAUUUGGGGGACAUCUUGACAUUGUCAAAGUUCUCGUGAACGAAGGGGUAGAGUUUGACAAAGCACUCAGGGGCGGGAUGACACCCUUGUGUCUUGCCUCAAAAAGAGGUCAUCUGGGUAUUAUCGAGGUCUUACUGAACGUAGGAGCAAAUAUUGAUAACUGUAAUCGAGACGGGUCAACAGCACUCCACAUAGCAUCAUUCAAGGGCCAUCUUGAAGUAGUCGAGCAUAUCGUGAACAAAGGAGCAGGCAUUGAAAUUGGUCAUAAAGAUGGCUUUACAGCUAUUCACAUGGCAUCAUUCAAGGGUCAUCUUGAUGUUGUCAAAUACCUUGUAAGCAAAGGGGCACAGAUUGACAAAUUGGACGAAACCGACAGGACACCAUUGUUUCGUGCUUCUCAAGAAGGCCAUCUUGAAGUCGUCGAAUAUUUCGUGGACAAAGGAGCAGGCAUUGGAAUUGCUGAUAAAUACGGAUUCACAGCUCUUCACGUAGCAUCAUUCAAGGGUCAUCUUGACAUUGUCAAAUACCUUGUUAAAAGAGGGGCAGACCUAGGGAGACUUGCUAAUGAUUACGGGACGCCUCUACACCUUGCUUUAGACGAAAGUCAUAUCCACAUUGUAGAGUACCUUUUGACAGAAGGAGCCAAUAUUAACGCGUGUGGUAAAGGGGGAUGUACAGCACUACAUGCUGCAUCACAAAGUGGUAAUAUUGAUGGAGUUAAAUAUCUAACCCGUCAAGGAGCAGAGCUGGAUAGGAGCACAGACGAUGGUUGGACCGCACUUAGUUUGGCUUCAUUUGGGGGACAUCUUGACAUUGUCAAAGUUCUCGUGAACGAAGGGGUAGAGUUUGACAAAGCACUCAGGGGCGGGAUGACACCCUUGUGUCUUGCCUCAAAAAGAGGUCAUCUGGGUAUUAUCGAGGUCUUACUGAACGUAGGAGCAAAUAUUGAUAACUGUAAUCGAGACGGGUCAACAGCACUCCACAUAGCAUCAUUCAAGGGCCAUCUUGAAGUAGUCGAGCAUAUCGUGAACAAAGGAGCAGGCAUUGAAAUUGGUCAUAAAGAUGGCUUUACAGCUAUUCACAUGGCAUCAUUCAAGGGUCAUCUUGAUGUUGUCAAAUACCUUGUAAGCAAAGGGGCACAGAUUGACAAAUUGGACGAAACCGACAGGACACCAUUGUUUCGUGCUUCUCAAGAAGGCCAUCUUGAAGUCGUCGAAUAUUUCGUGGACAAAGGAGCAGGCAUUGGAAUUGCUGAUAAAUACGGAUUCACAGCUCUUCACGUAGCAUCAUUCAAGGGUCAUCUUGACAUUGUCAAAUACCUUGUUAAAAGAGGGGCAGACCUAGGGAGACUUGCUAAUGAUUACGGGACGCCUCUACACCUUGCUUUAGACGAAAGUCAUAUCCACAUUGUAGAGUACCUUUUGACAGAAGGAGCCAAUAUUAACGCGUGUGGUCAUCUUGAACUCGUUGAGUAUAUCGUGAACAAAGGAGCAGGCAUUGAAAUUGCUGAUAAAGAUGGGUUAACAGCUCUUCACAUAGCAUCAUUCGAGGGUCAUUUUGAUAUUGUAAAAUACCUCGUUAGUAAAGGGGCAGACCUGCGGAGACUUGCUAAUGAGUACAGGACACCUUCAGGCCUUGCUCUUCAAGGCGGCCAUCUGGGUAUACAUGACUUUCUUUUAAAUAUAGAAGCAACACAGAUCGUUAAGCCAUUCAUUGGGUUUGAAGAGGACCACAAUGACUAUCUUUGCAGUACUAUUGGUGGUGAGGCUCUCCCUAGCUUCAUGCCCAACCCAUACUCCUCACCAUACGAUCCAUAUCUUUCCAGUCCACGAGACAGCUCUCGCUCCUCCAGGAAGAGCAACACACAAGAGACAAUGAAUAUUAGUCUCGACGAGUGCAGCAUCAAGGUUCCACUUUCACCAGACGAUGUGAACAGAGCCAAAUGUAUCACAGCAGAAGCAUUGACAACCAUUCCACCUGACUUAAAGCUGGAAAAAGAUGAAGUUAUCAUCUCUGUUGGGCUCAAGUUAUCCCCUCCUGGUCUUCAGUUUCAAACUCCGGUGGAAGUCACGGUUUCGCAUAGCGCUAUUUUCAGCAACCCAGACAAGGCAGAAAUUGUGCUAUACACCCGAAGGACUGGUAAGAUCUUCCUAUCACCAUAG